AUGGCACUAAUAAAAAAGAAAAUAUUUGUGACUGUUGGCACUACCAAAUUUGACGAAUUAAUCGAAACUGUACUUAAUACGGAAGUAUUAAAGGCAUUAUCAUCAAAAGGUUACAAUGAAAUAACUUUGCAAAUUGGUAAAACUGUACAUGUACCAGAUUGUACACCACGUUGCGGUUUUGUUACAAUAGAAUAUUUCAAUUUGCGUGCAAACGUAAUUGAAUAUGUAGAAGCUGCUGAUCUUAUCAUAAGUCACGCAGGGGCAGGCAGUAUUCUUGAUGCUUUAGGAAAUAAAAAAAAUCUGAUUGUAGUUGCAAAUCAAAGUCUAAUGGAUAAUCAUCAAUUAGAAUUAGCUAAACAACUUUACAAGGAUGAGCAUUUAUAUUACUGUAUCUGUGAAAAUUUGUUAAAUACUAUACAAACAAUGAACUUUUCUGUAUUAAAACCUUUUGUUGAUGAUAGAAGUAAACGUAUUGCUGAGCUCAUAAAUCAAAUAAUGGGAUUCCCAGACUAA